AUCACUCAGGCAACAUUGAUAAAGGCAGCAAUAUUAAGUUAAAACAGGCUACGAAAAAGGCUGUAGCCUUUUGUAUUUUUAAAAAAACAACACAUUUAGAAACGUGGCAAGCAUAGGCUAACACUGCUCGCAAAGGAGGGAGGCACUGACGUCAAUUAAGACCCAACAGAUAUUUACAAAACUCCAAUCAACACUACAGUCUUGUUAGUCGGCCCAGCUUUAGUGAUGGUCCCAGUGCUCCUGAACAUACCUGUGGCCACAGUGUUUGUGCUGAGCUGCAUGUGUGCUGUGCAGCCGCAGGGCCAGAAGCCGGGUCACGAGGACCCCCUGACGGCCCACCCGGCGAACCCGCAGUGCUGGGACUCGUCCUCGGCUCUGCUGCUGGAGAUGCGCUCCCCGAGGAUCGCUGACACGGUGCCCGGCUUCUGGGACCUGAUGGUGUCCCUCAGGUCGUCAGACAACAGCAAACAUACGGCGCUGUUCUGGGACCUGACCCGGGUCUUCUGGGACAUCUAUCUGGAUUGCGUGCUGUCCAGGAGUCACGGCCUGGGGCGGAGACACAGCACCGCUGUACACUCCCUCAUUACUGACAAGUCCUUCAGAUUCAACAGCUCAGGAGCAAACUCCCAGGCGUGGCUCAGUGUCAGAGUGAGACGCAGAGGACACAUCAAGACCCUGAAGACCAAACCCUAACACACACUACCACAAAUAAUUUACAAUAUUUCCAAGUUGAUAGCUUUUAUUAAUAUUUUCUUCCCCACUGAAAAACUGGAAUAUUUCAUGAUUAUAUCCUUACAAGUACUUAAAAUAUAUCUGUGGCUCUCAAUAGCUAGUUUUGUUGCCCUUAUCAUUGACAUACUUUAUUAGUGGUAGGUGUCCUGAUAUAAUAAUAUAUACAAUAAUAGACAGGGUGGAGGCCUCAGCUGACACCAUUAUUAUCUAUAUCAAGACACCUUAAAGUGUAUUUUAUAUCACAACCACUUCCCAAAGAAAAGGAAACUGUUAUCCAUAUUUAAAAGUUUGUUUGUAGUUUGUUUAAUCCUGCUCCAACUGGUAACAUUGCAUGAAGGAACUGUAUUGUUGCCAUGGUUACCUUAUUUUUGCUGUGUUCCCAUGUGAUAUGUCCCAAUCAAAAGUAAUGUUUUUAUGUGAUGCUGUGUGGGCAGUAGGUGAUUCUUGUCAAAAUAAUGCAGGAUUACCAGUUUGU